AUGAGAAAUGCACAGAAUGGAAACAACCACGUGCACACAGUGGGCGUAAACUGCUGCGAAGAACACAUUACCAGAUCGAGCAACACCCAAAUGAUGCGAGUCGAAAACGGAGCACAUAACAAACCGUACACAUACAAGAAGUUAAUCGUUUUUGAUUAUGAUGAUACGAUAUUGCCAACUAGCUGGAUAACUGUAAAGAUGAAACUAGGCUUGAAUGACAACAUCCCAGCAUCCGUAAGACAAUUCUUUUUUAAGUUAAGUGAAGUUGUAAUUAAAACGUUGAGUCUAUGCUUGACACAAGGAAAAUUGGUCAUAGUAACCAAUGCAAGCUUAGAAUGGUUAAUAAAUUCAGCCCGUAAGUUUAUUCCAUUAGUAUGGUCAUAUAUUAUUCUCAACAAUAUAAGAAUUAUAUCCGCAAGGGACAGAUUAAUUAAUUCUUUAAUUGAUCCGAAGGAUUGGAAGAAGGUUAUAUUUCAUCAAAUCAUUAAUGAAAUUUUAGCCCCCUACCUUUGCAACAACUCAGUUAUAUGUUUCAUUUAUUCUGUGGGUGAUGGAAAUGAUGAGAGAAACGCUUGCUUUUUUAUUUCACAACUGAAUCAGUAUUCUUCUUGUAUUUUUAAGUCAUUGAAAUUUUUGUCGGAACCGUCA